AUGCCAGAUCAAUAUUCCUAUUCAUACCCAUCACCAUUAGAGGGAUAUGAGAACCUCGACCUGCUAUCCGACGAACGGAACGAGGAUGGAAAAUCCCUCAAGAACCCCACAACCGGAACUCUCAGCAAAGCCUACGAAGAAUUUCCCGACCCGCUAGCCAAAGACCGACGCGGUGGCUUCGAUAUUCACAUCUACCACUUCCAAAAUAAUCCAGAUCAAGUAACAUUUGCCAAAGCACUCCAUGAACGAAUCAGACGAGAAUUCCCCGAAUUACGCAUUUACAGAUUCUUCGAUAAACCCGUCGGACCACACCCCGUCGCCAUGUUCGAAGUAAAUCUGUUCACGCCAGCGCAGUUUGGAGCCUUCAUUCCUUGGCUAGUUAUCAAUCGCGGUCCAUUGAGUGCGCUUGUUCAUCCGAAUACGACUGAAGGGGCAGAUGAUGAGGAGAGAGAUCAUACGCAGCGGGCGACGUGGUUGGGGGAGCGGAUUCCGUUGGAUUUGAGAAUUUUCAAAUUGCACCAGGAGGCUGAGAGGAAGGAGGAGACGGGAAAGUUAUAG